CUCACCACUAACUGUCGGGAGGAGCGGAGAAUACAAUCAAACAUACCUUUCUAGUAGUUGACGUUACUGGCAAAGAAGCCUGUGAUUGGACAAACUGAGGAAGUGUGGCUAAGGAGGAAGCACAGUGCAAUUUAAUCGCCACCUCUGGGAGGCAGCAAUGUGCCGCGAGGCUUCCUCUCUGCCGGAAACUUAGAGGAAGAAGAAGGAGGAGGAAGUACAUUAUCCACGUUCAUGCAUGCACCGUGGAUAUGUCAAUAUGAGCGGACCGUGGACAGAUUUAUGUAAUUUUGCACAAAGUUGAUCGUUAUAUUGUGUUCGCACUUUCAGGAAACAUGGCAUGUUUCUUUAGAAGAAGAAUUGCAGCGAAGCUGGGUAGGGCGCUGCAGCAGUCUGAAGAUGUCUUCAUACCUGCUCUAUCAGCAGUUCCACUCUUUAAGAAACAGAAGACUGCUGACUUCAAACUGUCAGUCAACAUGUUACGAACCAAUGGGCUUUUACCAUCCAGUGGAGACAUUAAGUUGCAGGCAGAAAACUUGGCUGCACAGUUGAAGCCAGACAGUUUGGUGGAAGACAUAUCUGCUGAUCAUGGAGUGGUCAGCUUUACAGUUAAUCGCAAGCUUUUUGUUCAGAAAAUGUUGGAGCCAUUUGGAAAGCAGGGGGAUGAGAAAUUUGGGUUAAAUAGUGAACUUUUUAAUAACCUCAAGAGAGGAACAACAUUAGUGGAAUACAGCUCUCCAAAUAUUGCCAAAAAAUUCCAUGCUGGGCACUUGCGAUCUACAAUUAUUGGUAACUUCAUUGCUAACUUAAAGCAAUCCCUCGGAUACAAUGUUAUUCGAAUGAACUACCUUGGAGACUGGGGUAUGCAGUUUGGUUUGCUGGGGGCUGGGUUUGGCCAGUUUGGAUGUCAGGAGAGACUGAAACAGAAUCCUUUACAGCAUUUGUUUGAGGUGUACGUUCAAAUGAACAAGGAGGCAGAGCACAAUGAGAAUUUGAAGCAUGCUGCCCAAGACUUCUUUAGACAGCUGGAGCAGCAGGAGUGUCAGGCUGUGUCGUUAUGGCAACAGUUCAGAGAGAUCACAGUGAACGAGUAUCAACAGGUUUACAAGCGGUUAGGGAUCCACUUUGAUAUUUACUCCGGGGAGUCCUGUCACCUAGAUCAAGCCCAGAAAGUGGUGCAGCAGCUGCAAAGCCAAGGCCUGUUGAAAACCUCUGAGAGGGGAACUGGUGUGGUGGAUCUUUCCCCUGAUGGAGACAUGAGCAGCGUCUGCACAGUGCUCCGCAGCAACGGCACAACUCUCUACAUCACCAGAGAUCUUGCUGCAGCCAUUGACCGAAAACUAACGUACCACUUUGAUGAGAUGAUUUAUGUGACAGAUAAAAGUCAAUCAAAUCACUUCCAGCAGUUGUUCCAGAUACUGCUCGCUAUGGGACAUUCCUGGGCUGAGAGGUGUCAGCAUGUGCCCUUCGGCCUGGUACAGGGCAUGAAGACCCGGACCGGUGAGGUGGUGUUUCUGGAGGACGUGCUGGACGAAGCUCGGGCCCGGAUGCUGGACAACAUGAGCCAGUCAAAAACAACAAAGGAAAUGGACGAUCCAGAGGACACAGCAGAGAAAGUGGGAAUCAGUGCACUAAUAGUUCAGGACUUCAAAGGUCCCCUGCAGUCAGACUAUAAGUUUGACUGGGACAGGAUGCUGCAGGCUCAGGGAGACACAGGUGUCUUCCUCCAGUACACGCACACUCGACUCUGCAGUUUAAUACGGAGGAAUGAAGGUAUAGAGGCAGCUACGUUUGAUCCAUCCCUCCUUCUUGAACAGACGAGUAUCACCAUCCUGCAGCACCUCCUUCGCUAUGAUGAGGUGUUGUACCAGUCAGCCCAGGAUCUUCAACCGAAACACCUAGUCAACUUUUUAUUGAAGCUAUGCCACCUGAUUGCUUUCGCACACAGACAGCUGCCAGUGAAAGGAAGCCCUCAGGAUGUUGCACAGGCAAGGUUACGACUGUUCAACGGAGCCUGCUCAGUACUGGCCAACGGGAUGAGGAUCCUCGGCAUCACACCGGUUGAUAAAAUGUGAAACUCACCAAAGGUUGUACUAACUCUACAAAUGUUAUUUCACUGUUGAUAAUACAGGUGUAAUUAAUUUGUACUGUAAAUAAGCAGCCUUACAUUUUAAAUUAAAUAUUAUCCUCCUUAAUUGAACUCCA